AUGGAGCACACGGGGAUAGAAGAAGUGAAUCAAACCCACCAGCAACAUGAACCCAUCAGCUUUGGAAUAGAUCAGAUUCUAAAUAGCACGGACCAACCCAGUAGCUGUAUGCUGCCGAACCGAACCAGCGAGACGGAUUACCAGCUGGCGCCCAACGUGUACGCCAAUGGCUAUAACAGUGUCUACAAUCCGGCCUGCUCCAUGGCGCCCGGACUGGCGGGGUCCUAUAACGUGAACAUGAACAUGAAUGUGAGCAUGAACAUGAACGUAAACGUGAACUCUGGGAAUGCUGGUGGUGUUAUUCGUGUCCCGGCCCACAGACCCAUGCCCCCGGCGCCACAUCCGCCGCCCCCUACCCAUCCACCAGGCAUCGCUGCUGGACUACCGACCGUGCCUUCGGUUCCAGGAAUGGGAAACGCAGCGAAUUUCACUUUCCCCUGGAUGGAGAGUAGCAGAAGAUUUGCGAAGGACAGGCUGACCGCCGCCCUCUCACCGUUUUCUGUGACCCGAAGGAUCGGUCACCCCUACCAGAACCGUACGCCGCCCAAAAGGAAAAAGCCCCGCACGUCUUUCAGCAGAGUACAGAUCUGUGAGCUGGAGAAACGCUUCCACCGACAAAAGUACUUAGCAUCUGCCGAGCGAGCUACUCUGGCCAAGGCACUGAAGAUGACAGAUGCCCAGGUUAAGACCUGGUUUCAAAACAGAAGAACAAAAUGGAGGAGACAGACGGCAGAGGAGCGGGAAGCAGAGCGGCAGCAGGCCAAUCGUCUGAUGCUGCAGCUUCAACAGGAGGCUUUCCAGAAGACCCUGAGCCAGCCCCUGCAGCCGGACCCCCUCUGCCUACACAACUCCUCCCUGUAUGCCCUGCAGAACUUACAACCCUGGGCAGAAGACAACAAGGUGACCUCUGUCACCUCGGUCGCAUCAGUGGUCUGA